AUGGAAGGCGACUCUGCCUCGGAUCUGCAAGUCAAUAGAUUCCACCCACUUGCAGUUGACAAUGGCGAGGAUCUUGAACGGUACGAGCCCAGGGGAUUUCAUCCUGUCCAUCUCGACGAUUACUAUGAUAACCACCGCUACCGAGUGGUCCACAAGCUUGGAGCUGGCGGCUUCUCGACAGUGUGGCUCGCUCAAGAUGUGCCGGACCAGCGAUGGGUGGGGCUGAAGUUCAUUGUUGCGGAUGAGUCUGGGAACUACCACAACCGCUCGUCUGCUAUCAUUGCAGAUCCCAUACUUGCCAGCUCUGAGUUUCUCGUGAGUCCAGAGCGAGAAUUCUGGGUUGAUGGCCCCAACGGACGUCACCUGUGUUUUGUGCUGCCCUUCGUCGGACCAAACCUUGGGACUCUGUCUACUGGGAUUUAUUCCAGAAUAUCACCUCGUUUUGCUGCAAAUCUUUCCAUGCAAGCAGCACAAGCUAUGGCACUUCUUCACAGUCGGGAGCGCUGCCACGGAGACUUCACUGCCAACAACCUUUCUCUGGCGCUAUCUGAGGAGUUUGUAUUGCACGGGAUUGAAGAUAUUUAUCGGACGUUUGGGAAUCCAAAGUCUUGGCCCCUUUGUCUCGCUGAUCCGGAUGACCCAGGCCCGGGUCUACACGCGCCACGAUAUUUUGUCGAAGCAUUGGACAUCUUUGCUUGCAGCAAGAACAUACUCGCCAAGCAGAUUCGCGUUCUCGAUUUUGAUCAAAGUUUUCAAUGCGACAGCCCGCCCGAACGGACAGGCACGCCGGCGAAAUACAUGGCCCCGGAAGUCACCGCUGGCCGGCCACCCAGCAAAGCUUCGGAUGUUUGGUCACUGGGAUGCACCAUUUUCCGGCUGCGGGCGGGCAAGGAUAUUUUCUUCGACUACAACACCACCACCCCCGCGGCAACCUUGCAGCAGAUCCAAAAGUUCCUAGGCGAUCUUCCAGAGAGCCUGGCGCGGGCGCUUUUCGAUGAUGAUGGCUACCCAACCGAGGACGAGACCGGCGAGCCGCUUACUUAUUUCUUGGACAAGACUGAUCUGAGAGCUGAGAUCAAGAAGAUCUGGGACGAGCCCCCAUCGCUGUCGAUGCGAAGCGAUGGUGAGAUUGACACCAAGGUGUACACGGAUCCCUAUAACCCUGAACACUCUAUAUUUUCGGAAGAGGCCGAGAGAGUUACCCCGUACCCAUCUGCGUAUCGAUCCAUGUUUUGGAAACCUACAGCAGUUUCCGUGGAUGGGGAUCACUAUAUAUUUUAUGAAGACGCGGACAGCCCAUUUUGGGGUGCGUUUCCUCUCAUCACAGACAACGAGGCGGACUUGCUUGGGGAUCUUUUGUCACAGAUCUUCGUCUAUGACCCUUCCGCGCGACCAAAUAUUGAAGAAAUCGUGGAGCAUCCCUGGUUCAAGCAGUAUGGCGUGUGGUCGGAGGAAGAAAUUGAAUUUUGA